GUACCUGGCCGUCCAUGUCGCUUGGAGAGCAGCAGCGGGUCUGCUAAAUUGGCAGCGGCUGGGGCUUCGAUCAGGGUGAGUGGCUGCGGGUCGUGAUGGGAGAAGCGGCGGUGGCCGCGGGGCCGUGUCCCCUGCGCGAGGACAGCUUCACGCGCUUCUCGUCGCAGAGCAAUGUGUACGGGCUGGCAGGCGGCGCGAGCGGGCGCGGGGAGCUGCUCGCUGCCACCCUUAAAGGCAAGGUGCUCGGCUUCCGCUACCAGGACCUCCGACAGAAAAUCCGGCCCGUGGCCAAGGAACUGCAGUUCAACUACAUCCCCGUGGACGCAGAGAUUGUCUCCAUUGAUACCUUCAACAAGUCACCCCCAAAGCGGGGCCUCGUCGUGGGGAUCACGUUCAUCAAGGAUUCGGGAGACAAGGGCAGCCCUUUCCUUAACAUUUACUGCGACUACGAACCUGGCUCUGAGUAUAACCUGGACUCCAUUGCUCAGAGCUGCCUGAACCUGGAGCUCCAGUUCACCCCUUUCCAGCUGUGCCAUGCAGAGGUCCAGAUUGGAGACCAGCUGGAAACCGUGUUCCUCCUGAGUGGGAACAACCCAGCCAUUCAUCUGUACAAGGAGAAUGAUGGGCUGCAUCAGUUCGAAGAACAGCCCGUAGAAAACCUCUUUCCAGAGCUCACAAAUCUGACCAGUAGCGUCCUCUGGCUUGAUGUCCACAACCUGCCUGGCACUUCCCGACGGCUCACAGCUCUCGGCUGUCAGAGUGGCUAUGUCCGUGUGGCUCAUGUGGACCAGAGGAGCCGAGAGGUUUUGCAAACAUGGACGAUUCUGCAGGAUGGACCUAUCUCCCGUGUGAUUGUGUUCAACCUCUCGGCCCCUAAUGAGAGCAGGGAGCAGCCACCGCGGGAAGAGUACAGCGUCCUCGUGGCCAGCAUGCUGGAGCCAGCCGUGGUGUACCGGGACCUGCUACGUCGGGGUCUUGAGGACCAGCUUCUCCUCCCAGGCAGUGACCAGUUCGACAGUGUUCUCUGUGGCCUGGUCACCGACAUGGAUUUGGAUGGGCAGCUGGAAGUCCUGGUGGCCACCUAUGGACAGGAGCUGCUCUGUUACAAGUAUUGGGGCCCAGAGUCUGGGCUCCCAGAGUCCGAGCAUGGAUUCCGCCUGUUGUGGCAACGGAGUUUCUCCAGCCCACUGCUGGCCAUGGCACACGUGGACCUGACAGGGGAUGGGCUUCGGGAGCUGGCUGUGGUCUCUCUGAAGGGCGUACACAUCCUGCAGCACAGUCUGAUCCAGGCCUCUGAGCUGGCCCUGACCCGACUUCGUCACCGAGUGGAACAGCGGCGAUGUCAGCAGCGCCAGGGAUCAGGGGACGGAAACCGGGCCCGGGCGUGGGAAGCCUCCGGGAGCUGGAUCAGCGCCCUCCUCCGCUGGCAGCCGGCCUGGGAGUGUGCACGAGCCAGGCCUGGCAGUGGGCGCUGA